AUGGCGCCCGCAGCAACUGGCGGCAAGAAGCAGAAGAAGAAGUGGUCGAAGGGAAAGGUUAAGGACAAGGCCAACCACGCCGUCGUUCUAGACAAGGCCACCUCCGACAAGCUCAACAAGGAUGUCCAGUCGUACCGUCUCGUCACAGUCGCCGUCCUCGUCGACAGAUUGAAGAUCAACGGCUCAUUAGCCCGCGCUGCGUUGAAGGAUCUGGAGGAGAAGGGUGUUAUCCGGAAGGUCGUUGGUCACAGCCGGGGCAGCAUCUACACAAGAGCGGCUGCUGGUGGUGAUUAA